GUUUCAUCUUCUUCCCCAUUUCAAAACCCUAAACCCCAAAUGCUAACCUCCAAUUUCACCCACCCCAACUCCUUAAACCCUAAUCUCUCAUCUCUCCAAUGGCCGCAAAACCAACUCUUUAAAUCCAAAAUCCCACUCUCCAAAAUCAAAACCCCCAACAAAAAACCCCUAAAAAACCAUUCUUUCUUCUCCCAAAACCCCCAAAUUACACCCAUUCCCCACAAAAUCAACCACCUUCGAAACCCCAGUGUCUCCGCCGGCCGCAGUAAGAAAAAACCCGGAGGUCCAUCCACCGGAAGAAUCGAAGGAAACGCCGAUGUCCGCCGUGAAGCAAAACGAAACGCUAGACGGAAGAACAAAAUCUACGCAGAGAAUUUCUUUUACAGAUUGAAGAAUCCGCAUAGAAAUCAAGCUGAUAAUUUUACAGAAGAUGAAUUGCAGAUGGUUGGAUUGGGGUAUGAUAGAAUGGUUCGAUUCAUGGAGAAAGACGAUCCCAAUCUGAAACAUCCACACGAUUGGUACAAAUACGGCGAGUACGGGCCUUAUUCGUGGCGGGGGAUCGUGGUAGGCGAUCCGGUUCGUGCUCAUUUAUGGGAAGAAGGUGUGACGAUGAUACAAGAAGUGAAUAGUCAUGAGGAAUGGGAAGAAAUUGAGAAAUUCGAUAUGGCGACGGAAUUUAGUGAGCGGUUGACUGUUUUGGAUAAGAAAAUUGGGUUUCACCAUUACUGGGUGUUUGUUCGGCAUCCGAAAUGGCGAGUGACGGAGCUUCCGUGGCAGCAAUGGACAUUGGUGUGUGAAGUGGUGAUUGAAUCAGGGGAGAAGAGAUUGAAUAAAUGGAAUUUGAUGGGGAGGUUAGGGAAUAAGACGCGGUCGUUGAUUACACAAUGCGCAGCGUGGAUGAGGCCGGACAUAAUUUAUGUUAAGCGGCCGGUGUAUCAGUGCAGGUUUGAGCCUCAGAAGGAAUUUUUCAAAGGGUUAGGGCCAUUGGUUGAUCCGAGUACGGAGAUGAAUUUUAUGUUUGAAUUGAGACAUGAUGAUGGGAGAGUUGAAAUGUGUACGUAUUUCGCGGGGUUGUGUAAGAUUGUGAGGGUGAAUCCGAAAGCAUUUGUGGAUGAUGUUGUGAAUGCGUAUGAGAAAAUGAGUGAUGAGAGGAAGGAUAAGUGUUUGGAGUUUUUGUUGUCGAAUCAUCCAAAUGAGUUGUUGCAUCCUUAUACGAAGGAGUGGAAAGCGAAAUUGGAGGAGAUGGAAUUGGGGUGUGAUGCUCCUGAUGAGGAUGAGGAUAAUGUGAGGGAUAAGGGGGAGAAAGAAAUUGUGGAUUGGUUUGAAGUUGAGGAUGGAGAUGAUGAGAACGAGGAUGAUUUUGUGAUUGAGGACCUUGAAGGUGGAGUGGAUGGCAGUGAGGAUGAGGAGAAUGAAGAGUCUGAAGAUGAGAAAGAAAGCGUAGAAGAGAAUGAAGAGUAUUGGAAAGAGGAGUUCAAUAAGGCGGUAAGAAGUUCGGAUGCAAUGGAAAGUUUUGUUACAAGAAGUGUUGAGAAAACUACAGCAUAUUACAAGCAGCAAAUGAAAGCAAUGGAAGAGGAGAAGGAGGAGCAACUUGGUAGAUUAUCGGAGAUGGCAGAGGGGAAACAAGAGACGGUGAAUGAGAGUAGGAAAACAAAGUUGAAGCAAGAAGAGUGGAAAAUUGUGGGAAGUGGACCAAAUAGGAGGAAAGUAAAAAAAAGUAGAAUACCGCCUGAGUUGUUUGUAAGAGCCGCUGUUCGACCAUUUACUUACAGGAAUUUAGUUAAAGAGAUUGUUCUUAUGAGACAUGGAAUUAUUGAUGGUGACCUUUGUGUGAAGAAUUGAAGGAAAUGUCAGUUUUUCAUUGAUUUUGAUCAAUGGUUGUGUAGAGGAUGAACAACUCCAUAGCGAAAUCAGUUUGUUCGUCGGUUAAGUAUUGCCUUACUCAUGUAAUUGAUUGGUCUCAUUUUGCUUUAAAGAAAAUAUGGCAUCCAGUUAGUAGCUUCA